GCCUGACUCCCCUGGCUGCAUUUGGGUGAUCGUGUCUGUGAACUGCUCUUAGCAUGCCUGCUUUCAGACAAAGCAGUGAGAGGGUCAGUAAUGGUAUGGUGCAUAUGAUUCUCGGCUCAUCACCAGUUUCUAUGGAGAUUUCUCCUUUUGUCGUUUCUACAUCAAAGCAAACGAGAACCUUGGAAUCCUGCAAAGUUGCAGCAUUUUCAGGGCAGAAGCUUAAUUUCUCACAAGGAUCUAAUAUCAGUCGAGUUGUUGAGAAUGAAAAAGCUCAAACUUUGACAACCAAAAUCAGGCUUUGCUCUAUCAGACAUAUUAGAUUAGCUCUAAUUACAACAACAAAAAAAACUCGUGGAAACUCUUGAUCCAAAUUACAGCGUGUCUGUCAUUUUCUGUCUUUGCCACCAUGUCAGCUCACUGAAGACAAACCUGCAAAACAGGAUAGAGCGAGCAUGACACACGGCUGCAGGUAUGUGUUCAUGCAGCUAUGCAGACAAAUGCUGGGAGCGCAACAAAAACCCCCACAAAGAAAAACGUAUUCAAUUAAAAAUGACGGAAAACAUAAAGACAUGCAGAUGCUUAAAUAAUGGGAAUUAUUUUAAAGAAGACAUUCAGUUUCACAAUAAUAACAAUAAAUAUGCAAAUAUUACUGUAACAAUUUGUUGAUUAUUGUAUAUAUUUAAGUACAUUAAAGAAAAAAACAUAAAGAAAGAAAGAAAAGCAAAAAUUCAGACACUAUACAACCUACUAGUAUCAGAUAGAAAUUAUAAUUAAAGCUAAUGAGGAGAUCUAUCAUCUAGCAGGAACAACAGGAAUAGAAAAUGAAAGAGAGCCUCACUUUGGUCAGAUGAGCUUUUUCUGUUCUCUGGAUGUGUUUCUGCACAUCUCAGUCAUAGUUUUUGGAUGCCUUAAAUUUAGUGAAGUGAUGAACUGAAAAUGAGUUUAAAAGGGUUGAUGAAAGCUUCCAAGACAUGGAGGAAAAUGGAGAAAUCUAGCAGAAACCUUUCAAAUAUUCAAAGCAAAGCCUGAUAUGUAAACAAAGUAAAUAUUGUUAUUAUAAAACACAACAGCUGUGUCUCUUUUAGAUGCGGAUUUCUGUAUGUUUACGGAACAUUAUGUGCGUGAUAUGUGAUGUCUGCAUUGAUGUUUGGACAGUGCAACUGGAUUACAGAACCAAAACUGUAUUUUUAAUAGAUUAUGCUUGUAAUGGGUGCAUUUCUAAAUAUAUUACACAAAUAAAAUUUCCUAGAACUAACUGUAGAGCAGAGUGUGCAGCCUGCACAAAGUAAGCAAAACUCAGAUCAGCUUCAAACUGCAAGAAAAAAAGAUUACAGUUCCACUCUAAAAUAGUUUUAUGUCAUUCAGCUGUGGAUAAACUGUGUUGAUUCAUAUUUUAGACACAAUCUAUCUGGUAUAUUCUGAGGAAAGUGGCCUUCUCUACAAGUAUUAGCUCAGAAAGCUUCAAUUCGUUAUUGUUUCUCUGCUGUUUUCAGACUAUGCAGACGGCCUUUAAGUACUUUUGCUCAUAUGAGAUCACUUUAAAAGACUAUAAUUAUAUUUUUACAGCUUCAACUUCAGUUAACAUUGAGAAAUGGAAAGUCUGAACGACCAACCGUCAUCUAGAGUAACAAAAUGUCUCAUUUUACAAACUCAUUCUUUUUGCUUUGAAGAUUUGGCCAAAGAUCAGAGGAGAUGAAGAAACAUUCUUUCACUUUGAGCUGGAAAAUGUCUCCCCGGCAAAAACGAAACAUUAAAAAUAAUAAACAUGUUUUUAUUUGCCUGUCUGGGUCUCAUCACAGCACACCUGCCUGUGACUGUCACCAUUUCUGUCCCUAUAUACUAAUGCAAACAGUUCUGUCUUCUUAAGCUAUCCAUCAGUGCAUCUUCAGUUUCAUUUUGAAGAGCAAUGUUUUUCCAGUCUGCCAUGUUUAAUAAAUAAUACUCAUGUUUAAAGAUCGAAUUCACCCAGGCUCAGUAUUCUCUGGUUCGGCUGCGGUGGAUAUUUUCACCUCCUCAACAUGCAGACAUGUGUUGUCAUGGAAAAUUUUAACACUGAACUCUUGAUGGCAUCUCAUGACAAACACUACAGUCUGUGCCAGCAAAAAGUCACAAAGCUGCAUAUUUUAGAAAAAAAUCAUUGCUGUGCAAAAGUCUAAAUAUGAUGUGCUGAUAAAACCAAAACACUCUUCAACACACAGAACACACUGUGCAGUAGAAACAGCAGUCGCUCUUUAGUUUAAAUACGUUUUAGGUCAGCUUUAGAGCUAGAUUAUUUGUAAAUUACAGUAGCUUGCAAAAGCAUCUUAAAUUUUUUCCCAUUUUGUCACUUUAUUACAACCACAAACUUUACGCAUUUACCUAAACCCAAUCAUGUAGAAAGAAACCUUUAGUAAGUUUGGUCUCGCCACCUCUUCCACCAUUUUACUGUUUCCUUCACGGUUUGCAUCAAACUUUAAACAGGAUCUCUGCGUCUCUCUUACAAUGACAGCUUUCUUCUUGCCACUCCAUAAAAACCAGGUUAGUGAAUCUCACAUCUAAUACUUCUGUCAACAGAUCCAACCAGCUGAGCUGCGGGUCUCUGCAGCUCCUCCAGAGCAUCUUGGCUGCAUCUCUGAUUAAUUCUCUCUCAUAAUCUAACCGUGCUUUAAACUUCUCCCUCACUUUAUUAUUUGACUUCUGAAUACAUUUUGUGUUGGCCAAUAACAUGCAAUCCCUUUAUUAAAGUUUGUGCUUGUUGUAUAUUCUGUGAGCCUGUGACCAGAUGUUUAGUCAGUUUAUGCGUUGUCUUGUAUUUUAUGACUGCUAUUGUUACACUGAAAUGUUUUUCUGCACAGCCUGCAUAACUACAGUGAUGAAUCUUAAACGUUAAAACAUCGGUGAAGGGCUUCGUGUUAAACUCUAAGCAACAUAUUUCCUUGUCUAUGAAGCCAACUUUACACUAAAUAGUUUAGAGGAACAUCUGCAGCCUACUGUUUGGUCUCUGCAGAAACCCACAAAGCCCUUCCAGUGUGAAUCUGUUCCUUCCUGUUGUCUCAAUAUUUCUGAUAACUGCAUUUGUUUGACAUAAAACCAUAUUGACCAUGUCUGCGGUGUCAGGUUGCCUUGUCUGGAGGUUAACUCGUUCCCAGACCUGACGUGAUUACUAAACCAACAGAUUUCCUCCAAGGUCACGCCUGGUUCUCAGGCGUCAGACUUUUGGAAAACGGCUCCCUCCUGUGCAUGCACACAGAAACACGGCCGGGACGUGAGCUCGCACACACGGCCGCGCAGACUGAGAUCCAGCAAGGUCGUCUCAUUAUUACUGCUCCACAUACACGGCUGUCACAUUGAGACUGCCCAGGUUAUUGUAUCCUAGCAACAGAUUCAGGCAUCGACCUUUUUUUUUCAGUCCAAAACAGGAGCACUGAAGCCAAGUGGUCCCUUUGUUUUCUCUUCCUGCAUGUUUUUGCUCCUCUUCAGACCUCUUCAGUGUCUCCACUUCUCAUUUUCUAUCGUCUUUGUCUAACUCAAUCUUUCUCUCCCACUCUGACUCUUAGAAUGAAGAGUCUGCAGGUAAAUAAAGCAGAGAGUUUUCAUGAAGAGAGUUGUUUCUCACAUUUCUGCUGGAGCUCCAAAUCAAGCUGCAUCCCAGUGAACUAACAACCAGAUCGUCUGUUUUAUGCGUUUUGGGGGAAAUUCACUUUACAUUCCCAGCACUUGUUUAAUCUUUUUUCACCGCUUAGCUACACCUCUUGAGAGAUUAAAAAGAAAAUCAGCUUUAGCACAAAUGAUGCAGACUCCAGUCUCCAUGGUGAUGGGGAUUGUCUUCGCUCCUCUGGGACUUGUCCUUGUCUUCACUGCCGCCAUCACCCCUCAGUGGCGGGAGGGACAGGCUCGCCUGAACAUCGGGGGGUCGGGAUCUCUCCUUCGGUCCGGAGCAAAGGGUCACGGUGUGGGUGUCAGGUCCGGCUCGGUGGAGGCUCUGCUCCUGCUGCGCUCCGACGGCCUGUGGGAGAGCUGCUUACAGGUGGAGCAGUCCGAGCUGAAGCAGUGCUGGCCCAUAGCCGGCCCGUACCAGAGAGACGCCCGGGUUCGGCUGGUGCAAGGCCUGGUGCUUACGUCCUUGUUCCUGUGCGGCAUCGGGAUUGUCCUGGCUUGCAUCGGGGUCCGAUGCUGGACAGAUCUGCCUCUCAGGAGGGUGGCGGCUUCAGGCGGACUCCUGGUGGUGGCCGCCGGCCUUCUGAGCCUGACCGGGUUGGGGGUUUACACCCACAACCUCAGGAGACUGGGGGUGGAUCCCAGUCAAGGACUCAACAACCCCAAGUUCCCCCAGCUCAGCCUGAGUCCAGCCGGGUCGCUCUACUUCGGGUGGCUGGGUUCUUGUUUACAGGUGCUGGGAGGCGGCGCGCUGUUGUUCAGCUUCAAGCGACCGAGAUGUCCGACUUGCCCGUCCCGCCAGGAGCAAGCCGUCUGUCCUGCGUGCCACUCGUGUCCUGAAAUGACCAGCAAGACCGACGUGGACGUAUAUGAAGUCAGCUGUUAGAAUGUGAGCACAAAAAAAACAAGCUUUUCUUCGAUAAUCGUCAGAAUCAAACCGAACCGAGUCUCUGCGAUUAAUCUCAAACAUUCAGAUAUUCAUUCCUCAUAGGUUUUUAUCAACAUUUCUGAUUUAUUUCUUGCAAUUUUUUUAUUUAUUUUAGGAGCUCAGAAAUGUUACUGUUUUCUUCUUUAAAAAAUUCUGAGAAUAAUUUCAAAUUUUCAGCUUUUUUUUUGUUCAAAUGUACUCAUUGUUCUAUCUACAAUGGCUAUAAAAUGUAUUAUUCAGCAAGAGACAAAAAAGUUGUGUUUCUUUUGGGCUGUGAAAAUUAGCUGGUUAAUCCACUGUUAAUUUGUUUGGGCCUGAUCAACGCACAAGCUGUCAACAAAGUCCACAAAUGUGCACAAAACAGACGUUUUGUCACACAAACCUGCCAAUGAAGGAAGUAAAAUUUGGAGUAAUUAUUAUGGCUGAUCCAUAUUGGAGUCUGGAAAAUGUCUGUAAAACAAUCCUGACAAAACAAAGUUUACUGUAAAUAUAAAUCCCAAAAUGUUGCAGUAAGAAAGAUAGUUAAAUAAGUAUGGAUUUAUGGAGCUUUUUGCCUUUCUGUACAUUAGUUUGAGUCAGAAAAAGGCUGUAGCCAUGUCAGAGAACCAGUGUUAGUGUUUAGAUGAGGCUGUUGGAUGCUAAAUGGUUUUAGACACUGGAUUUCCUGUGUGAUAUUUAUUAGCAAAAAUGGACAGAAAACAAAUGAGAUGUUCUGAUGAUGUGCUUGUGUUUCUUUAAAUGUCCGUCUUAUAUCGCUGAGGCGAUCAGCAAUGAAACCAAGAGGUGAUCAAGAUUGUUUAGUUGUGUUUUUAUCUGUUUGUAAAUUGUGCGUUCAAUAAAAUAUUCAAAUGAUACAAUAAGUAAA